GCCAGGUGACGCUCCCAGUGAAUGUUCAUCAUCAAACCAUCAAGAGUGUCUAGAAGCUCCUCAAGCUCCGCGCCUGUUAACAGAGAUGUACCGAACUGCCUUGGUAGCGCUCGCAGUGCUGCUCUGCUCUGCGCCCCCGGUGAAUGGAGGGAAGGUCUUGGUGUUCCCUGUAGAUGGGAGCCACUGGGUCAACAUGAAAGUCAUCAUCGAGGAGCUCCACUCCAGAGGCCACGAGAUCACAGUGCUGCGGCCGUCAGACACCUGGUACAUCAAGCCAGAGUCGCCUCACUACAAGUCCAUCACCAUAAACUCCUCAGCUGGUUUCGAUGAGAAACGCUUCGGGUCAUUUGUCACCACGAUGCUGAACUUGCGACGGGAAGGCGCGUCACUCUGGACGCGGAUGUCUCUGGAGUACGAACUGAUCACCCAGUUCUAUCAAAUGCAUAAGAAGGUGCUUGAGAUGGUGGGGGACAUAUUUGACAAUCCCGAAUUGAUGCAGAGCCUCCACGAUGCCAAGUAUGAUUUGGUUCUGACAGAUCCAGCGAUCGGUGGAGGGGUUCUUCUGGCUCACCGUCUGGCUCUUCCACUUGUCUUUAAUGUGAGGUGGACUAUUCAGGGUGAGGGGCAUCAAGCGAUUGCACCAUCCCCCCUCUCCUAUGUCCCCUUACCAGGGAUAGAGCUGACUGACAAGAUGACAUUUACCCAGCGGCUCAAGAACUUCCUUUACUACUUCUUUACAUGUUUUCAAAUUUGGUACGUCACAGACUCGAACUACAAACCUUUCGUCCAUCGUUACUUCGGCAGCGACGUACAUUACAUGGAGCUGUUCCAGGCGGCAGACAUCUGGCUGAUGAGGAACGAUUUUACCUUUGAGUUCCCGCGACCGACGAUGCCAAACGUCGUCUACAUGUCAGGAUUUCAGUGCAAACCCUCCAAGACCCUGUCCAAAGAACUGGAGGAUUUCGUGCAGAGCUCUGGGGAACAUGGCGUCGUUGUUAUGACGCUGGGAACCCUGGUGGCAAAACUUCCGGAGGACGUCGCCGAGGACAUCGCAGCUGGUUUCGCCCAACUUCCUCAGAAGGUGAUCUGGAGGUACCAAGGCAAAAGGCCGUCCACCCUCGGCAACAACACUUUACUCCUGGACUGGCUGCCUCAAAACGACCUCCUGGGUCACCCCAAGACCCGAGUGUUUGUGGCCCACGGAGGCACCAAUGGAAUGCAGGAGGCCAUCUACCACGGCGUCCCCCUGGUCGGCCUGCCCCUCAUGUUCGACCAGCAUGACAACUUCUUCAGGAUGAAAGCAAGAGGCGUGGCCAAAGUCCUGGACAUCGCAACCCUGAACAAAGACAACUUCCUGGAGGCGCUGGAGGAGGUGCUCUAUGAGCCGAGCUACAGGGAGAAGAUGACGACGCUGUCCAACCUCCACAGAGACCAGCCCAUGAAACCAUUGGAUCGCGCCAUUUUCUGGAUCGAGUUCGUCAUGAGGCACAAGGGCGCUCCGCACCUCAGGACAGAGUCUUAUAGGAUGUCCAGUAUCCAGUACUACUCGAUCGACGUGGUGGCAUUCCUGCUGGCUGUUAGUUUGCUAGUAUUUAUUGUUUUUAUCUCCGCAACAAAGUUUUUGUGGCGCAGAGUGUUUUCUAGAAGCAAAGUCAAGAAAGAAUGACGAAGGUGCCGCGAGAUUGUUUGUGUAACAUCACACGAGUAAACUGUUGUAUUCUGUAUUUUGUGUCAGUCUUUCACUGGUGUCCUAACGUGCGUAGUGUAGCUGAAGUGUGUAGCGUGUAGCUGAACGUAAACACAAACCUCAUAAGGUCUCGUGAGCCGUCGUGUUUCUGUUUGUUAUCUCAAAAAUCUGAUCUGAGCCAAGUAAUCAGUUUUUAGGGAUUAUGUUUUUAUUUUGAAGGAUUUUUAAUAUUUUUCUUAGUCUCAUAAACUAAAUGCACUUGAAGAUAAAUGGAAUAAAAUAACUGGCACAUGUAUCCUGUGAUUGUCUAUUACUAAG